ACUCCCCAUUCCCAUAUCCAUCCAUCCAUCCAUCCUUAGGUGCACACCCCCUCCCUUUGGCUCUCAGAUGCCUGACAUCACACUCCCAUGGGCACACCACCACACGCUGAUCGACUGCCCAACUUCUUUGCCUCAAACACCCCUCCCCUUUCCCGUCCGUCAAUCCCAUAAUUAGGUCUUACCCUUCUGUUGCUCAUUUGUCUUGUUAUUGUGUCUGUUAUACCAUACCUCACGCUUGUAGCAUGAUCCAAUAUACCCAUCAUAGACCAAACCACGAGACACCCUCCCUCCUUCUCUACUUACCCAAUCCAUUUCCGCUUUGUCGUAAAAGGGACUCGCCCCUAUCACCGUCUUUCUCUCGCCACCUCAUCUAACAACCGUCUUGUCAACCACAAUAGAACUGUGGUGAUGUUUUGACGAAGAAGAAGCUCGAUCCGCAUCGAUCACGCUGCCACGGCGCAACAUUCACCUGCAUCGAUUGCAUGACCUACUUUUACGGAACAGACUAUCGCAGCCACACGAGCUGCAUCUCUGAGGAACAAAAGUACCAAGGUGCUCUAUACAAACCCAAACAACCAAAACGCAACCAGCAAAACAAUCAAUUCGAGAACGAGACGCCUGCGGCGCCCGAACCACCAAAAGACAUGGCACACGUCGCUUAUGUCGAGGACGCGCCCGAGGAGAACGACGACUAUGAAGCCUUCAACGAUGAUGUGGAUGAUGUCAGGCCCAGGAGAGGACCUAUGCCCGAGGCGCCAACGCCACCUUCAGCCAUGGAUGAACAUCCCAACGUUUUCGACUUUCUUGUCGGGAACCCCACGCCCAAGGCAUCGCAUUCUGACCUCAGGGCUGAGGCCAACAUCCAAGAGCCAGCCAGUGAAAGCACACAGCUGGUACGAUUCAAGUACGAUUCAGCUCCAGGCGUCGAUGAUAAGGAGAACGCAAAGGAAGGAGAGCUGGUCAAAUUCGGGUCAAUGGAAACCCCAGCCAACAAGGACAAGAAGAAGAGCAAGGACAAGAAGCGCAAGCGCCUGCACGUCGACACCCGUGAUGCCAUCAUGACAGAUGCCCCGCCUGUUCUCCACUCGGGUCUCACUGGUGGCCUCAAGGGUCUGAUGCGUGGACCGUCCGUCUUCCCGCCCUCUCCCGGUGACUCAGCGGACGCUGCCGAGACGCCGGCCAGCCCGCUGAAGAAGUCACGCCACUCAAAGCAUGGCAGGAACCGUGUGGAAAGCAUCGGAAACAAUCUGAUCUCGAUGUUGACGAGCAGCAAGCCUACCAAGACCAAGAAGCGUAAACAUGGUUCUCCAUCGGCCAAGAAGUCGUCCAAGCACAAGUCGGAGCACCGUAGAAGCUCAUCCGACGGCGAAAAGCCUAAGAACCUUAUCGAGUACAGGCCCGGAUCCAAGGAUAGCAGCAAGGACGGCGACGGCAAGACAAUGGUCGUCUUCAACAAGUACCAGAGUCCUGCCGACCACCUUCUCAGUCUUGUCAACAAGGGCCCUGAUAGCGAGCGUGGCCUGAGCAUGAACAAGACUCUGAAGCGCUACCACCGUGAGCGCAGCGAGUCCGGAUCCAGCCUCGGCAAGCUCAUGGAGGAGAAGGAGCUCUGGCGAUCUCUGCGCCUGCGCAAGAACGAUCGUGGCGAAAUCGUGCUCUUCUGCGUCUAAGUUGCCCGCUCGAAACAGGGACAGAGUCUUGAACCUUAUUCUUAUUCGGUCGUUCAUGUUAAUCAGCACAACAACACACUUGUACCAAACACACGGCGUUCAUCGGAGUUUUUACAAAAGGUUAGCAAGUAGUCUCUUGCUUUCCGUAUUUCUUCUUUUUUUUUGCUUGCCUUUUUUCCCCACAAAGGGGGGGCUUGGUCGGAUCGGAUUUUUUUUUUCUUCAAAGAUACCAAUCACUGCAUUCGCAUUUCGAGGGAAAGGGGGAGGAAGGGAACCCUGAAUAUGUCAAAAAGGGUAUAUUGGAACAGGAGUGGUUGCAUAAUUCUGUCGAUGGGGUUUUUCUGAAGACAGUCGGACUUGGGGCGGAUUUGGAAUUUUUUUUUUUUUGGCUUCGCUAGUCGUGGCUAGGCGUGGCUUGGGGUGUUGCUGAGGGCUCAGCAAACUUUUUGUUCCCUUACGGCAAUGUUCUGUCAGCUGGUCUGUAGCCGAGCUAUAUAGAGCUUUUGCAUAUGGUUAAUGGGGGAAAACAAAAAAUAUGGUUUUUGAUUUCGUCGCAGGACUACGUACUCAUUUCGGCGCCAAGGCUUGUACCGUUGUUGCUCUGUCCACGUACCCAUACGCCUUGCGGGCUGUCCCGGUCUACAUGGAUGUCGUCUGUACGAGCUAUGGAUGUCAUUUUCGCCUGGCUGUCAGUACCGAGGGCCCUACAUCCG